CCCCCCGGUUCCCGGGUCCCCCCGGUUCCCGUGUUCCCAUCCGUCGGUGCCGUACCCCGUCAGCCUCCGGCCGCGUACCGAGCGCGGCAGACCUGAGCGGCAAGUUUUUAAUGCGGGUUCUGCGUUUCAGGUAAUCUGCAGAGAAAUAAAAUGCGUGAUAAAGCGUGUUGGCGGUGUGCAUAGGAAAAGGAUCGGACCAGGGCAUGCGUGCUGAACAUGGAGGAAGACGAAGAGGAAGACUAUAUGUCCGAUUUAUUUAUUAAACAGGAUGUAAGACCAGGCUUGCCCAUGGUGAGGCGGAUGAAGGAAGCUAUUCAGAAGGAAGAAAAGCAAAAAGAAGCCAACGAGAAGAACAGACAAAAGAGUAUAAAAGAAGAAGAAAAAGAGAGACGUGACUUGGUACUGAAAAGUGCACUAGGCAACGAGAACAGAGGCUUUGCUUUGCUCCAGAAGAUGGGCUACAAGAGCGGCCAGGCCCUUGGCAAAAGCGGAGAAGGCAUUGUUGAACCUAUUCCUCUGAACAUAAAAACAGGCAGAAGUGGGCUUGGUCAUGAGGAAUUAAAAAAGCGGAAAGCUGAAGAAAAACUGGAAAACUAUAGACAAAAACUCCGUAUGAAAAAGCAAGCAAACGAAGAAGCUGCAGAUCAGUUCAGAAUAAGAUUCAAAAACAAACAAGAAGAACGUAAAAUGGAAGGGGACCUCCGAAAAAGCCAGAGGGCCUGCCAGCAAUUAGAUAUGCAAAAAGAUAUUGAUGUUCCCAAGGAGGCUUGGUAUUGGCUAGAACCUGAAGAGGAAAACGAAGAGGAUGAGGAAGACAAGGAAGAUGAAUGCACAAGCUCAGACUUAAGUCCCCAGAUCACUCCAUACCUGUACACAUCUGCAGGUAUCAGAAAAGCUACACAUCCUGACUGCCUAUUUGAGAGAGCACCACUUCUAUUGCAUUUGGUGUGGAACAACCUAUGAAGAUGCUGAAGAUCUAUCUUCAAACUGCCCUGGAGACAGUGCUGCAGCUCAUGACUAAAGCCUGGCUAAAGGAGGAGUCCUACAUAACUAUGUAUAGUUCAUAAUAUCUUUUAGAGGGUUUGGAGCUGUGCCAUCCUGAAGAAUUCACACCAAAGUAUGCAGAACAAUAUUUAUAUUGACAGGUUAAACUCACCUGUCUGAAGCAUCUUAUGGAUUUUCUGCUCAAUGCACAAUUUAACAGGACUUAAAACUUUGCAUUUAUAAUGGAACUAUGAUAACUGAGAGGCAGGUUAAGCCUUCCACAGUCUUUGGUUAUGCCCUGUCCAAAUGAACAAGAUCAGCUGAUAAUAAAAUUCAGUUUUGAGGGAAUAAAUAUUGUCUAGUUACUCUGUUGUAUAAAGUGUUAGGGGUUUUUUCAUCUUUACAGAGAUGACUAAACAUCAGACUUCUUUUUCCUUACUAUCUUAGACCUGCUGGGGGAAAAAAAAAGCUUGUGAAACAUUACAGCGUUAUUUAAACCAAUAUUCUGUUGUAUAUAAAGGUGCGUGUUUUGCAUAACUAAAUAGAACCAGGUCAUAUUGUUGGGUUUUUCUAUAUAAAAAUAAAUCUUCAUAGACCUUUUA